CACACUAAUUCAAAAUGGUGGAAAGAUUUCUGCUGCGUCGCAUGAGUAAAACGUGAAAAACGAUCUUUUUGUUUCGAAAAAGUGCAUUUAAAAACAAGUGGCCUGCAGGAAAAACAAAAACAUUUGUCAGCGAACGUAAACAAGUGGAUCCCCUGUAUUUAAUGAGCGCUACAAGGCAAUUGUGUGUGCUACCACGACAAUAUAAUGAGCCAGGCACUCAAUGAAUCGGCGAAUAGUAUUGGCUCAGAUGAACAAGACGAAAAUCGGGAGGAGACCAAUGGCACUGACCAAAGUGGCAGUGGCAGCGGCAGUGGCUCCUCGGGUUCGGACUCAGACUCGGACAGCUCCUCGGGCAACUCCAGCGAUGGACGCAGUUCCCCAGAUCCAGCGGCCAAAUCGGCAUCGGUGGCAGGGUUUCCACCGACCGCCGCAGCUGCCCAGGCGGAUAGCAAGACAAACGGGUUCACAGACGACCAGGAGGACAGCUCCAGUGACGGGUCGAGCGGUAGUGAUUCUGAGUCAGAUGCCGAAGGCCCAACAGAUCAAGGGGACCAGAGCAAGAACAAUGCCAACACGAGCAACAGCACGAGCAGCAGCUCGUCCAAGCCGGAGCAAGAGGAAGAGGAGGAGGACGAUGAGACUGAGGCUGGUCAGCAGCAGCCAACCAGCGAUGCAUCUGCUGACGAAGCUAGUGAUAGUUCUGCCAAUGUCUCACCCACAUCCUCCAGCAGCAGCAGUGAGGAGGAAGAGGAGGACUACAGACCCAAACGAACGCGCCAGGCGCGCAAGCCACCUACUGCUGCCGACAAACCCAAGAAAGCCCCUGCCUCCAAGAACAAAAAGAAAACCUGGGACUCGGACGAAAGCGAUGAAAGCGAGGACAGCGAUGAGGACAUGUCCACUGCACAAAAGCGCAAAACAGCAGCAACUGCCUCCCGAUGUAAGCCCACACAGCAACAGCAGAGACGGAGGGUGAAGUCCUUUAGUUCGGAGGACAGUGACGAUGAUGAUGCUAGCAAACGCUGUGCUACCCGUCGCACGGCCGCCGCAGUGAGCUACAAAGAGGCUUCUGAAGACGAGGCCACCGGCUCCGAGGAUCUGCUGGAGUUCGAGUACGACGAGAGCCAGGCAGCCACCAAUGCGGCUGCAGCAGAGGAGGAGGAGAAGUGCGAGACCAUCGAGCGUAUCCUGGCCCAGCGUGUGGGCAAGAAGGGUUGCACCGGCGACCAGACAACGAUCUAUGCAAUCGAGGAGAACGGCGUCGAUCCAAACGCCGGGUUCGAUGAGAAGCAAUGCACAAACGCUGAAAGCGAGUCGCAGUUCCUGAUUAAAUGGAAGGGCUGGUCGUACAUUCACAACACAUGGGAAUCGGAGGCUACCUUGCGCGACAUGAAAGCCAAGGGCAUGAAGAAACUGGACAACUUCAUCAAGAAAGAGCAGGAUCAGGCCUACUGGCGCCGCUACGCCGGGCCUGAGGACAUCGACUACUUCGAGUGUCAGCAGGAGCUACAGCACGAGCUGCUUAAGUCGUACAACAACGUCGAUCGUAUAAUCGCGAAGGGCUCCAAACCGGACGGCGGCGCCGAAGAGUAUCUGUGCAAAUGGCAAUCGCUUCCAUAUGCCGAGUCCACCUGGGAGGACGCCGCCCUUGUGCUUCGCAAGUGGCAGCGUUGUGCGGAGCAAUUUAACGAGCGUGAGUGCUCCAAGUGCACACCAUCCCGCCACUGCCGAGUAAUCAAGUACCGCCCGAAGUUCUCACGCAUCAAAAACCAGCCGGAGUUCCUCGCGCCGGGCUUGACGCUCAGAGACUACCAAAUGGACGGUCUAAACUGGCUACUGCAUUCGUGGUGCAAGGAAAACUCAGUGAUCCUGGCAGACGAGAUGGGCCUCGGCAAGACCAUCCAGACCAUCUGCUUUCUGUACUCGCUCUUUAAGCUGCACCACCUCUACGGCCCGUUCUUGUGUGUGGUGCCGUUGAGCACCAUGACGGCAUGGCAACGGGAGUUCGAUCUCUGGGCGCCGGACAUGAACGUGGUCACGUAUCUUGGCGACAUUAAAUCGCGCGAGCUCAUCCAGCAAUACGAAUGGCAAUUUGAGGGCUCCAAGCGGCUGAAAUUCAAUUGCAUUCUCACAACGUAUGAGAUUGUGCUGAAGGACAAGCAAUUCCUGGGCACGCUCCAAUGGGCUGCGCUGCUGGUGGACGAGGCUCACCGUCUGAAGAACGAUGACUCUCUACUUUACAAGUCUCUCAAGGAGUUUGACACAAACCACCGUCUGCUUAUUACCGGCACCCCGCUGCAAAACUCGCUAAAGGAGCUUUGGGCUCUGCUGCACUUCAUCAUGCCGGACAAGUUUGACACGUGGGAGAACUUUGAGCUGCAGCACGGCAAUGCCGAGGACAAGGGAUAUACUCGGUUGCACCAGCAGCUGGAGCCGUAUAUCUUGAGGCGAGUGAAAAAGGACGUGGAGAAGUCGUUGCCUGCCAAAGUGGAGCAGAUCCUGCGGGUCGAAAUGACCUCCCUGCAAAAGCAGUACUACAAAUGGAUUCUCACCAAGAAUUUUGAUGCGCUACGUAAGGGCAAACGCGGCAGCACCUCCACUUUCUUGAACAUAGUCAUCGAGCUGAAGAAGUGUUGCAACCACGCGGCCCUUAUUCGGCCCUCGGAGUUUGAAUUGAUGGGUUUGCAGCAGGAUGAAGCUCUACAAACGCUCCUUAAGGGUUCAGGAAAGCUAGUGCUUCUGGACAAGCUUCUCUGCCGGUUGAAGGAGACGGGUCACCGCGUGCUAAUUUUCUCCCAGAUGGUGCGCAUGCUGGAUGUGCUGGCUGACUACCUGCAGAAGCGUCACUUCCCUUUUCAGCGCCUCGACGGCAGCAUCAAGGGAGAAAUGAGGCGCCAGGCCUUAGACCAUUUUAAUGCCGAGGGUAGUCAAGACUUUUGCUUCCUUCUCUCCACAAGAGCCGGUGGCCUGGGCAUAAAUUUGGCGACCGCCGACACGGUGAUUAUUUUUGACUCUGACUGGAAUCCGCAAAACGAUUUACAGGCGCAGGCGAGAGCCCACCGCAUCGGGCAAAAGAACCAGGUGAACAUCUACCGACUGGUCACCGCCCGAUCCGUCGAGGAGCAGAUCGUGGAGCGGGCCAAACAAAAGAUGGUGCUGGACCACCUGGUCAUUCAGAGGAUGGACACCACGGGCCGCACUGUACUGGACAAGAGCGGCAACGGACACUCGUCCAACUCAAAUCCAUUCAAUAAGGACGAUCUGUCGGCCAUCCUGAAGUUUGGCGCUGAGGAGUUGUUCAAGGACGAGCAGGACCAUGACGAUGACCUGGUAUGCGACAUCGACGACAUUCUGCGUAGGGCAGAGACCCGGAACGAGGACCCGGAAAUGCCAGCCGAUGACUUGUUGUCAGCCUUUAAAGUUGCCAGCAUAGCGGCAUUCGAGGAGGAGCCCAGUGAUUCGGCCAACAAGCAGGACCACGAUGCCGUCGGCGAGGAGGACGACAGUAAGGACUGGGACGACAUUAUACCGGAGGGCUUCCGCAAAGCGAUCGAUGACCAGGAACGGGCCAAGGAGAUGGAGGAUCUGUAUUUGCCGCCUCGCAGGAAGACUGCUGCUGCUAACCAAAAUGAGUCGAAACGUGGAGCUGGAAAGGGGGCCAAGACUAAGCAGCAGGCCGACGACUCCGGCGGCGACUCAGACUACGAGCUGGGCUCCGAGGGCAGUGGUGACGAUGGCCGACCUCGUAAGCGAGGCCGUCCUACGAUGAAAGAAAAAAUCACUGGGUUUACGGAUGCGGAGCUUCGUCGCUUCAUCCGCAGCUACAAAAAAUUUCCCGCCCCCCUUCACCGCAUGGAGGCCAUCGCUUGUGAUGCUGAGCUGCAGGAGAAGCCGCUGGCGGAACUGAAGCGCCUCGGAGAGAUGCUGCACGACCGCUGCGUCCAGUUUCUGCACGAGCACAAGGAGGAAGAAAACAAGACUGCGGCGGCGGACGAGACGCCGGGCGCCAAGCAGCGCCGAGCCCGCGCCACCUUCUCAGUAAAGCUGGGUGGCGUUUCUUUUAAUGCCAAAAAGCUGCUGGCCUGCGAGCAGGAGCUGCAGCCGCUCAACGAGAUCAUGCCCAGCGUGGCCGAAGAGCGCCAGCAGUGGAGUUUCAACAUCAAAACGCGCGCACCGGUUUUCGACGUGGACUGGGGCAAUGAGGAGGACACCAAGCUGCUGUGUGGCAUCUACCAGUACGGCAUUGGAUCCUGGGAGCAGAUGAAGCUGGAUCCCACGCUGAAGCUUACGGACAAGAUCCUGCUGAACGACACGCGGAAGCCGCAGGCCAAGCAGCUACAGACUCGUGCCGAAUACCUGCUCAAGAUCAUCAAAAAGAACGUGGAGCUAACCAAGGGUGGCCAGCGCCGACAGCGUCGUCCCAGAGCUUCGAGAGCCAAUGACGCGAAAGCAGCCAGUCAGUCGGCUAAUUCGAAUGUGGAGAGUAAGUCGCACGAUGCCGAAGAUGCUGCCAGUACAGUCGCCGAGAACAAUAGCAGUCAUGUCGAUCCAUCAACCUCGUCACCGCACAAUGCUCCGGCCGGUGAGCAGUCGAGUAGCAGCGUAAAGAAGACUAAAAAGUCCAAGGCCCGGUCGAAAAAGAACAGCGCCUCGGACAACAACGGCAACAAGCCGAUGCACUUUACGGCAAACAACGAGCCUCGAGCCUUGGAGGUGCUGGGCGACCUGGAUCCGAGCAUAUUCAAUGAGUGCAAGGAGAAGAUGCGACCAGUAAAGAAGGCCCUAAAGGCCCUGGACCAGCCGGAUGCCAGUCUUUCUGAUCAGGAUCAACUUCAGCACACCAGGGACUGCUUGCUGCAGAUCGGCAGACAGAUCGACGUUUGCCUCAAUCCUUAUGGCGAGCCAGAGAAGAAGGAAUGGCGCAGCAACCUUUGGUACUUUGUGUCCAAGUUCACGGAGAUGGAUGCAAAACGCCUUUUCAAAAUCUACAAGCAUGCACUCAAGCAAAAGAUAGGCGGCGGCGAAGAAGCGAGCGUGGCAAAGGGGAAAGCCAAGGAUGCGGUGGAAAGUCCCACCAAGUCCAAGCGCAACGGGCUGUCGGCUGAAGACAAGGAAAAGGAGCGAGAAAGAGGUGGUGGAAAAAAAAAGAGGGACAAGGACAAGGAACGUACGGGACAGUCGCGAUACUCGGAAACAGGUACUCCGUCUUCCGGACGAUUCGUUAACGACUCCCCUUUGAAGCGCAAGCGGGACGACAUCGAAGCCGAGGCGAACAGUGGGAUGCCAGGCGGCGGGAUCGGCGACCAUCUCAAGUCCAUGUCCUUCAAGCGGCUUAACAUGGAUCGCCAUGAGGAUCGCAAGAAACAUCAUCGAGGCGCUGACUAUUACGGCGGGAAUGGACCACCGAUGGGCAGUGGAGGCUACGAGGGAGGCAGCAGUAGCACCCGCCGACAAGGCCCGACCUCCCCCUCGACGCCAAACAGUCGUGGAGGUCGAGGCGGCUAUGAACCACCACCCACUCCAUCCGGAUACACCCCGGAAAUGGAGCGGUGGCAUGCCCGCGAAAGAUACGGUCAGGAAUACAAACGAGAUCGCUACGAUGGGUACCCGCGCAGUGGAGGAGCUUCGGGUGGCUAUCAUCGCGACCGCGAACGCCGUCCCGACAAGCGAAGGUAUCAAUCUGGCAUGCCGCCUCACGCCUACCCAAGCCACUACCUGCCGACCAACUACUAUGGAAUGCCGAAUGGAGUCGUUCCCGGCCUGGCGCCGCCGCCGUCCGGUUACCGCAGUGAUCCACGCGGGUAUCCGGUGAUGCCGCGCGAUUAUCCUGCCGACUACAGACGCAGCGAUUACGAACGGCGCACACAGACUUGAGGAGCCGGCUCAGGAAUCCGCAUGGAACUGUCUAUUGUACAUAUGAAGCCUAGAGUUAAGCGCGCCUGGGAGGGUGAAUCCCGCCCAGCGACUUACCAGAAGAAAACCAACCUGCAUACAAUACGUUAAGCGUAGCGCCCUACACCUGUAUAAGUAAUACCUAGCAGCUAACUAUAUUUCUAUACAUAAUUUCACAUCAGAUCGCACAGAAGGCAUGCCAAGCACUGCAUCAUCCAGGGUUUGGAGGCAAUACCUGCAACCUAAUUUUAGACUUUCUGUGUAUAAAUCAUAGGCUUUAACUCGUUCAUCAUUAAAAACAUUAUUUUUAUACUAUUCACCUGUACAGAAGGUGCAGCGAGAUAAAAAAAAGUGUGCUGUGUGGUAUGUGGCCCAUAAUGCAAACAAGUCGUUUAAAAGCUUUUAAACCAACAACAAAUUCUCACUAUAUAUUUAAACACUUAGGUAUGUUUGUAAACACAAAAGCAAUUGGGGUCGUUAAGGAAUCGUAUCAAGGUUAUGAAAUAUGGCAGCGGAAUAAUCAUUUGUUUAAUUGUCUAUAUUGCAUUCUAACUUUUAUAUACUGUUUAGAAAUAAAGAAUCAGCGAAUGAUCCAGAGAAUUGUAAUUUAGUGAAUAUUAAAGAUUCUAAUAUUAAUGACAUAUGUAUAAGAAUAAAAAGUACGUUGUAGUGUCUGAGAAAUCUAUAAAGUAUAUAUCAAUAAAUUAUAAAGUGUAUUAAACUAAAUCAA